AUGAACGUUUUGGCUGAUCUAUCUUCUGGUCUUUCGCCAGAUUUUGAAAACCUUUAUGAUACUGGAAAUUAUACGGAUGUUUCAAUUUCUGUUGGACGAGAACCAAAUAACAAAAUAUUUCUAGCUCAUUUCCUGGUACUGCAAGCGCGAAGCACAUUUUUUCGAAGCAUGUUAGUUGACAAUAAAGAUGUAUCUAAUCCUAUUGAACGACCAGCCAUGGUCUUCGAAGACAUAACACCUGAUGUCUUUGAAAUUUUGCUUAGCUCAUAUUUUGAAGACACGCCAAGUGGAAACACGGAAGCCGCUAACGGCCUGCCAUGGUCUUUGAAGACAUGA